AUGGGCCGCAAAAGCGGAAACUGCCUGCCUUUCAGGCAUGGCACCUCUUCUGAGAAGCAGGUUCCAACCGGAGCUCCACAGACUGAGAAGGCAGAGAAGAUAAUUGCAGUAAUGGGGCAGUCAGGCAGCGGCAAGGCAGAUCUGAUACGCCAACUCGCGCGAAACUCGUGGCAGAGGCCGGACCGCGCUCACCCGCAUCGAGUCACGGCCAUCGAAGUGGAUGUGAGAAACGUUAGGGUAACCCUUCUCAACACUCCCGACGUUGGAAAAAACUCGCCCGAAGCAGUUAUCGCCUGUUAUCUACGAGAGUGGUUGCAACAAUCAGGUGCUCACCUCACGGGUAUCUUGUACUUUCAAGAUUUGGAUGAUAGGCGAGUCAUACGACUCAACCUGGACUGCUUCCGCGACCUUUGCGAGGUGGACGAGGUCUACCCGACUGUCCUUCUGGUUGCUACGGGUAAACGGUCGAUCAUGCACAAAGAGCUUCAAGACGGAGAGUGGAAGAACGCAGUGGGAAAAGGUGCGAAAACCUAUGUGUAUAUGAACACUAAGGAGUCGGCGGAAGAGGCAAUCCGUCACGUGGUGGCAUGCUCAUGA